AUGGAGCCACCGGAUCCGACCCUUGAGGUAGAGGUGUUGGACAAAAAAUCAGAAACUGAAAAGUGUGGAACAAGACCUAUUCUAGAAGGAAGAACAUGUGGUCCUGAUGCUGUGCAUUGGAACCAUGGCAAUGACAUUGGCAUUAGUGGGGGUGGCACUGGCAUGCAGUACUAUCAGUAUUGGCACUGUGCGAUUGCUAAGCAAGGUGUGUGA